GAGUUAAGGCGACGAACAACGAGAAGAAUCUUCUUAAAGAUCUAGCGGCGAGUGCGGCAGCCAUGAUGAUGCAGGAUGGCUUUACGGAGGCAGUGCUCCCAGCGAAGAACAGCACAACGUGUCUGGAGAACGCCCUUUGGCUAUGUUUGAAUAACAACUGCCAAAUUGAGAAAAAAAGGAAGGUCCUUCUGGAAGGACAGCGAAGAGACGGGCAGAGGGGAACAGCAUGGAUUGAGCCUGGAGGAGUGGAAGGUCAGCGGCAGGAAUGUGGUAUUUUUCCUACGCCUGCUGCCAUUGGACUUCCUUCCAACAGGAAACACCAGGGAGGACAGAGAAACCACUGUUCAUUACAGCUCAAGACAUAGCCAGGGAGACGUGAGAGGCUGCUGUCUCGCCUCUCUCCCGAAACUGAGACGUCGCUUCGAGAAAAGGGGGCUGCCAGCCGUGACUCCCACCAGCGAGAAAAGAGCUACGGAGGCCUGAGAGACUGGUCCAUUCCCAAGAACUUAAGACCUGAAUUCCCGGAUCGGGAAGAUAGCGGUUCGAAAUCGGCAAAGAUCACCAGAUUUCCUAUCCUUGUUCGGAGUUCCGGUUGUCUGUUCUGCACAGCUUCCCGUUUGAUUGCCCAUUCCAGCGCAGAUUGGUCCCUUUUGUAACCUGCGUCAUCUGCUCCCAUUCAGGGCUCUGCUGUUAACUUGCCGUAGGAGUUUGUCUCUUGUAAAGCCACUCGGCGUUUCUCAAAAAGCUGAACACACAGCCACACAUUCCCUGGUGAGCAGACAGAAACGGCUGUGGUGAGGUCCUGGAGUCAAAGACACACACAAAAUCACAAGCUUGCCCAAAGCGUGCAUAUCUUUAAAGUUAAGAGAUUUCUUCCUGUUCAGUAGAUUUAGAGCACAAAAUCUUUGUAGAUUAUUUCCAAAACAGACCAUUCUGAUAGCUCGGUUAACAGGACACCCAUACUUUCUUUACUUUCCAAGCGUUUCCGGGAAAAGUUUCACGCCAACAGUCAAGAUGCCCGUAGUGAUUCCCACCCUGCAGUCCUCUCCUCUGCUCUUUGCGCGUCUGGCGGCUCUGGUUUUGUCCUGCGUGGCCUUCAGCCUGGCAGUGCACGGGGCUCAGCUCGGCCAUGGCACCGGCGACUGGUGCAUCUUCUGCUGGAGCUUCAGCUUCGCCGGGACGCUGCUGGUGCUGCUGGUGGAGCUGUUCGGCCUGCAGGCCCGAGCCCCCGUCUCCUGGCGCAACUUCCCGAUCACCUUCGCCUCCUACGCCGCCCUGCUCUGCCUCUCGGCCUCCAUCAUCUUCCCCCUGUACUUCCUGAAGGGCUACUCCAGCACCUACUCGUCGCGGGAUUAUCGGAUCGCCGUGGCCGUCUUCUCGUGCCUGGCCACCCUGGCCUACAUCUGCGAGGUGUCCAUCAGCAAGGCCCGGCCCGGAGAAGUGGCCGGCUACAUGGCCACGGCGCCGGGCCUGCUGAAGGUGUGCGAGACCUUCGUGGCCUGCGUCAUCUUCGUCUUCAUCAGCGACCCGGUGUCGUACGACGACCACGCCGCCCUCAAGUGGUGCCUGGCCGUCUACUGCAUCUGCUUCAUCAUCUCGGCGGCCAUCAUCGUGCUGUGCGUGGGGGAGUGCACCGGCUGCCUCCCCUUCCCCUUCGCCCGCUUCCUGAGUGCCUACGCCCUGCUGGCCGUCCUCAUGUACGCCACCGCCACCGUCAUCUGGCCCAUUUACAAGUUCGACAGCCGCUACGGAGGGCACACGCGGCGCACCUCUGGGUGCAGUCAGACUGUUGGCCUCUGCUACUGGGACAAGCUGGUGGCCGUCUCCAUCCUCACCGCCCUCAAUUUCAUCCUCUACCUGGCCGACCUCUUUUAUUCGGCUCGUCUGGUUUUCGUCAAAGUGUGAUGCCCCUCCUCCCCCCCUGCACCCCUUCCCCGGUCUUCUCUACUCUCUGCCCCCUCCCCGUUUGCGAUGUGACGUGCAGCAGCUUUCCAAAUAAGAAAACGAGUGAAAAUAUCGAACGCGCGUUUCCUCGGCUUUCCCCGUCCUCGAGUACAUUUUCGGCUGACUUCUCGCUCUGUUCCCAAACAUAAGCUCCCGAAACGACUCUGGAUCCCACCGCCAAAGGUUUGAAAAAGUCCUCUCGCGAAGCAAUGUAUUGUUGUAGGUUAAAGGUUGUGCUGUCCAUAUUCAACAGUAGACCCACGUGUAAUGUUGACGUUCGGAAGUCCCACAGUUGCAAAUCGCGAUACAACUGUGCUUGAAUAAGCUGUUCCCGUGUUUGGUUCUUGCCAGAAUGAUACUGACAAUGCCAACAACUACACUUGGAAAAUUUAGAUCUGUAGAAUGGAACUGAGCUCCUCAGAAGCCAACAAAUGCCCAAACGUGCUUUAUUUGUCUUUUUUUGUAUUUUUUAUUCAAGCGAAUCUGACCAAAUUCCCAUCACCUCUUGUGCCUUCUUGACAGGAUUUGUCAGGCCUCACUUGGACAAAGGUUUUUUUUUCCUCCAAAGAAGUAUACGAGUAGUAAUUUCUUUUUUUACUGCUGUUUUUUUAUUGCGUACAUAUAAUAAUUGUAGUGCAAAACUGUCUAAUUUUAGGUCUGUCCGAAAGGCUGAGUAGUUUCCGUAUCUUGGGCACGACGUGAUGUCCUGCAUCAUUGCUUCAGGUUCACACACACACACACACUUGCGCUGGGGAGCCUGCGUCGUUUUCAAAUCAACCAGCAAAUCCCCAGAGAAUUUGUCCGAUUUCCACAAUGCCUUUCGGAGAUCUUCAACCAAAUCAGAGGACAGUCGCUCAGCUUUUAUACUUGUGUCCAACAAGCAGUUUGGUACCAUUUCUUUUUUCUUCUUGUUCGAAAGCCUG